GUUUUACUGUCCUCUUUGCUUUCUUACUUUGACAAGUGAAGCAAAAAAAGAAGAAACAAAAAAGGCACACAGUCGGUCAGCUUUUUCUCAAGAAUUUUAACACCCCUCACUUACCUUUCCGUCUGACUCCACUGAACUUUUCUUGGCUCCCUCCGUGGUCUGUUAGCUAAAAACUACGGCUAUCCUGUCCUGCCCUCCACUUUCCUCUCUUCUAUCACUCCACACACACACACACACACACACACACACACACAGUCAGUGACAUACGACCUCUCGAGCCCUUUGGUCCAGGUUUGGAGGAAUGUUGAGUGUCUCUAUGGCUCUCUCCAUGGAAAUUAGGCCUCACCAUGCAUGCCCCAUCCCCGCCCCCCAACUUCAUUCCAUUCCAAAGUGUGUCCCCUAAAGAGCUGCUGCAUUUUUAUCUGAGCCUGGUGAUUGUGACAGAUUGGCGAAACGUCGCACACACACCGACACAUUUGUCUAUGCACGUUUUAGGCACAAACAGAGGGGAGGCUGCUUUGCCCAGGGAGGGACAGACAGUGCCAGGCUCCAGCUAUAAAACCCUCCCAGGAUGAGGCCAGAGUCCUGCCCUGAGCUGGACAGGACAUCCUUCCUUUGUGCCAGGACACUGUCAGGACAGGCAGCAGAAGAGGCUCCAGCAUGAACGACAUCUACAAGGCAGCGGUUGAACAGCUGACAGAUGAACAGAAAAAUGAGUUCAAGGCUGCUUUUGACAUCUUCGUGCAAGAUGCGGAGGAUGGCUGCAUCAGCACCAAGGAGCUGGGAAAGGUCAUGAGGAUGCUCGGGCAGAACCCCACACCAGAGGAGUUGCAGGAGAUGAUUGAUGAGGUGGAUGAAGAUGGGAGCGGCACAGUGGACUUUGAUGAGUUCUUGGUCAUGAUGGUGAGAUGCAUGAAAGAUGACAGCAAAGGGAAGUCAGAAGAGGAACUGGCAGAGCUGUUUCGGAUGUUUGACAAAAACACUGAUGGUUACAUUGACCUGGAUGAGCUGAAGAUGAUGUUGGAAUCUACAGGAGAGGCGAUCACCGAGGAUGACAUCGAGGAGCUGAUGAAAGAUGGGGACAAGAACAAUGACGGCAAAAUUGACUAUGAUGAAUUCUUGGAAUUCAUGAAAGGAGUGGAGUAAUCCUGAACACCAGGGGAUCCAGAGUGUUAUUUUGUAUGUCUCUGUGACUUCAUGGCGAUCUGUGGAAAAAUGGGAGUUGAACUAGAUGCAGCUGAUGGAAACAAUGAGACGACUUUGCAAGAUUUAGUCAAAUGCUGUAUCUGAAUGUGUUUGUAUUUUUCUAACAUCUCUUGCAUUGUUGUAAAUACAGUUUGUGACAAACUUUAAAGCCCACGUAUGCUGAAUUUGUGUAAAUUUGUCCAAAUUAAUUUGAAUUUCUUUAGGAGCCAAACAGAAGUUCUCAUUUGGCUUCUUGAUGUUUGAAUUUUGUGUCUAGAUAAAUCUUAUCUCUUUCCACAGACAGGGCAGAUGUAAACAAAACAUAUACUUUGCAAUAUUUUACACAAGUCAUACUUUUCAUACAAUAUAUUGAAUACAGACUGUUUAAUUGCUACAAUGUGCACAUUGCAUACAUUUCUGUAUGUCUAAAAUACCCUCAGGAGAUUUUAUUUCCUUCUUGUGUCCCUGGAACAUCUGUGUGUUUCUACAUGAAAGGUCUGCUUGGAAUGUGUGUUCAUCUAAUAAACAAGAUACACAUU